AUGGGCCGACAGAAGAAGCCACGAGUCGGAGCCACGUCAGUUCAAGUCGUCGAAUCAGACUUUGACGAUGAACCAGCGACAGUUCAACUUCCCCGUCGUCGUUCAAACCGACCUGGUGCUGGCGUUGGAGGCAGGAAUUCUCAACUAGAGAAAAUAGGAAAUGCCAUCCAGACUCCAGUCAGAGCAUCCAGCAAAUCGAAGGUUCAGAAUGUGGUUGUCCCUUCGGAUGAGCCUGAAAAUGCGAUGGCUCUGGUGGCGAAGAAGAAGGGGAGAGGAAAAGCACCUCGGCAGCUUGAGAGAAACCUGAGUGUAAUACAGGAGGCAUCCGAGUCAAGCCUCACUGCCGCAGAUCCCAUACCUACUCUACACGUCACAGACCAAGGGAGGUUUGGAUUGCAGGAUCGUCCGAUUCCCUCAGCAUAUCCCUAUGUUCGUGAUCGCGGUACCUCUCAAGGUGCUUCUCACUGUGGUGCUUCUCGUGGCACCUCUCGUGGCACUUCUCAGCGCAGUGUAUUUCGUGGUGCAUCUCGCACUAGCAGUGUCCCUCAUGGUGCCCCUCUUCACGACCCUCAGGCUGAUAGGAUCGGACCUCCAGCUGUCCAGCAUCCUGCCAGUGCCACAGUUGGCGCACAUGUUGUUUCUCAUGAUCCUCCUGAGUCCUCUGUCAGUGAUCGACGCUUGGGCUCAUCUACUAUUCCCAUUCGCAACCCUUUAGUUCAGCAGCAUCUGUCAGCCACCAUGACACCCCACUGCGCCGUUGCUUGCCCUCCUGCUUUCGGUUCCUCCAGUGGUCCAGAUAUUUUUGUUGACGAUGCUGAAGAAGGUAACAAAGAAGCGGAUGGAGAAGGGGACAUUGAAGAGGAUGUCAUGUAUAAUGAGGGAGGAGAUUCUGCAGAAGAAGAUGUCAUUGAUAUCGAUAUGGAGCACGAGGAGGAUUUUCGCAGGACUGACGACAUCAUGCAACCCUCAGAACACGAUGAUCAAAUGUACCCCAGCAACCAAGUCAGACGCCCUGCGCAAGCACCUGAUCAAGGUGCAUAUUUUCAGGAUGAGGAUUCUAAUCGUGACAACGUAGGAGCGACUGGCAUGUAUCGGAAUGAUCGCACCUCUAGCAGGAAGAGUAAAGACCGGCACAUCAACAUAGCUCAGGCGCCGAAGCGAGCGAGCCUGCAAAGCACUGACAAACGAGCUCGGAGUCGUUCGAACACCCUAGUGGUUCCUAAUAUCGAUUAUGAUGUCCUCCAGGCUCACCACAAGAAGAAUCAUCGGCCAUGUUCACCGUCCCCUACAUAUUUGAACAGCGUGCGGAAUCGCCAUCUGAAGACUAAGUGUGCUCACACAAGAAACACCCUGUCAAGUGAUGACUCUGACCAGUCUGAGCAGGACGACUUGGAGGACCUCGCCAAUGAGGUCGAGAUUGAUACUGGGAGGCGCCGCCGCACCAAGAAAGCGAAAGGUGCUACUACUAAUCGUGAUGCAACUAAUGUUGGGUUCUACCCGUCACUCUGGCAAAAACUUCUUGACCGCGCGAAGGCUAAUUUCAGGCUUCAUAUUGCUAUUUCAGUCCCGUUCCCUGACAAAGAGGAAUCCAUUGGCAGUACUGGAGUCUGUGGUGAAGUGAUCGCAGAAGCGAUUGUGCACUGGCAAGAACAGAAACGCAAACUCGAGAAAGCAUAUGAAGGCUACUACCCUGAAUUCAAGAUGGAGAUGGCUACUGUGGUUCUUAACGACGCUGCGACAUUCCGCAGCAAGGUCAAACAGAUCACACUUACUGUCAUUCCGAUGGUAUAUGAACUAGCACUUGGCAUCAACGGGAAUACAAUCGAUAGCAUCAAACUCAAGGCAACUGGUUUGUUGAAGAAAGCAAUGUAUCUACAUGGCCAUCCUGAUUCUGAGGGUUGUGCAUCUAACUUUGCGAACGACGUGAUCCGGAUCGCUUGCCAUAAGUCAUUUUAUGACAAUGGUUCCAAAUCACUCAAGCAAUUCGCUGAGUUUCAGAAGACCGUUCCACCCCCAGCGCUCUUUCUCGUUGGGACUAUUGUGAGUGUGCCUGUAGUAUGCUUAAAUAAAUAUGGCCAGGUAAAUGGCGCCAAGCAGACACCUAUUGAGGAUUUGGAGGCUUCCUAUGAUCGUAUUUCGACGUUGUUUGACCGCAUGAACAAAGACGAGUAUCACGGACCGAAACUGCGUCAAAUGCUCAAAGCUUGGGCAUUGGAAGGCAUGAACGCACAUGGCGCCGUCUUUGGUGCUGACGAAGGUGACGACGGCUGUUCAGAGUGGGAUGUUGAUCUCGAUUAG